AUGUUUGCCCCUCUGAAGGUUUAGCUCUCCCUCCCAUGGGAUUUGGAUGCAGAGAACUGUUGAUCCGGUCCCUUCAGGUCCAGGCAGUGUCUGGAGCGCGGGGGACCUGCAGCAUACUGGCAAGCAUACUGAGUGAUUACUUAGUCACUCAUCUUGAACCUGGUCCAAGAAAAUCACCACUGUGAAGUUCCUUUGGUUAUUUUUGAACACCAGCUCAAGUAUAGUGACACUUUGCCCACUUUAAACUGAAGCCCAAUUGACUUGCUAUCCAGACCUCCAUUUGAUACCUCUGGCCUUGAACAGGUUUGAGACUGCAGUGAAGACAUUUUAUCUGCAGUGAGACCUAAGUUACUACUGGACUCAUAAAGGACUUAGCAAAAAUCAUCAGAGACAAGUAAAAUGGCAUCCAACGAAGAGGAACUCAAGACUGUUGUUGAAACCUUUGAGACCACACCCUAUGAAUAUGAGUGGGCACCACCCUGUGAAAAAGUCAGCAUCAGAGAGCUGGGGUCAUGGCUCCUGCCUCCACUGUAUUCCCUGGUGUUCAUCGUCGGCCUCCUGGGCAACAUGAUGGUUGUGUUGAUCCUCAUAAAGUACAGGAAGCUGCAAAUUAUGACUAAUAUCUACCUACUCAACUUGGCAAUUUCUGACCUGCUCUUUCUCUUCACUGUCCCAUUCUGGAUUCACUAUGUUCUGUGGAAUGAGUGGGGUUUUGGCCACUGCAUGUGUAAAAUGCUCUCUGGGCUUUAUUACCUGGCCUUGUACAGCGAGAUCUUUUUCAUCAUCCUGCUGACAAUCGACAGGUACCUGGCUAUCGUUCAUGCUGUGUUGGCCCUUCGAGCACGAACUGUGACUUUUGCUACUAUCACCAGCAUCAUCACUUGGGGUCUUGCAGUAUUGGCAGCAUUGCCUGAAUUUAUCUUCCAUGAGUCCCAAGACAAUUUUGGAGAUCUUUCCUGCAGUCCUCGCUAUCCAGAGGGCGAAGAAGACAGCUGGAAGCGUUUCCAUGCUCUAAGAAUGAACAUUUUUGGUUUAGCUCUUCCUCUCCUCAUUAUGGUUAUCUGCUACUCAGGAAUCAUUAAAACUCUGCUUAGAUGCCCCAAUAAAAAAAAACACAAGGCCAUCCAGCUUAUUUUUGUUGUCAUGAUAGUCUUUUUUAUUUUUUGGACUCCAUACAACCUGGUUCUUCUUCUGUCUGCUUUCCACAGCACAUUUUUGGAGACCAGCUGUCAGCAGAGCAUACACCUGGACCUGGCCAUGCAAGUGACUGAGGUGAUUACCCACACCCACUGCUGUAUCAAUCCAAUAAUCUAUGCCUUUGUUGGUGAGAGGUUCCGGAAACACCUUCGGCUCUUUUUCCACAGAAAUGUGGCAAUCUACCUGAGAAAAUAUAUUUCAUUCCUUCCUGGCGAGAAACUGGAAAGAACAAGCUCUGUCUCCCCAUCAACUGGGGAGCAAGAAAUCUCUGUGGUGUUUUAGCUGGGCAGAGAAAACUGCCCCUCACUCUAUGGACUAGAGGCAAACACAUUAAGUCAAUCAUAACGACCUCUAGUUCAGUCAUUUGUACUUUCCAUGCACUUCUGAUGCUCUCAAAGACCUGAAAAUACACAUAAUGAUUGAAAUAUAUCUUCAUGUACCCCAAGGUCAUUUCUGGAGGCCAUGUGCUGGCCAGUUGAUAAUUCAUCAGACAUGAAAAGGACAGCUUUUCUUGAUUCUCUAAAGAGUUACAUAUGCUUUGAUUCACUUAAAUGUUAAAUAAUCCAUUCAGAAAAAGUAGGAAAGUUUAAAAAUACAUUUCUACUUUAGCCAUUUUUGACAUCAGUAAAAUGUUUCACAAAUGCAUUUACUUCAUUUCCUAAGUAGUUUUUUUAACUUCUUGAUGAAUGGUUUUCUUCUUCUUUUAAAAAAUUAUUAUUUGUAUAUGGACUAUUGCUUUUGCAGGAGACUGGAUGUUAUAUUAUGUUUAAUUUUUCUUAAAAGUCAAAUGAAAUCACAUUUCCUAUUAGUGACUGAGAGCAUCUUGGAAGGAACAUAUUGUCCUCCUAAAUGCCAGUUUUAUGUUGAAAAAUAAGCUGGGACCAUCUGUGUUGAGAAGUCCAGGUGUGGUGCUGUCAUUAAUUCUUCCUAGACUUGACAUCAUAAGUACCUGGAGGGUGUAUUGACACAUUCACAGAUGACUCAUAUUAUAGGAGGAGAGUAGAAGUUUGGAGAUAGACAACAUUAACAAAUAAAGUAAAUAAGACUGGAAACCCCUUUUCACCUGUUCUCAUAUAACGUAGAGCGUGUACAAGAAAAGUCUAAGAUAUCACACAGGAAAAAGUUGGCACUAUGCAAAUAAACCAUAACCCUUAUCACUAUAAGAAUUCAUAUGAUACAGUGCUUUUGGGUAUCUGUCUUUUUUCAGAUCAUUAGUCUCCUAUUCUCAGGAACAUCUUUUUAUCUUUCUUAAUAAACUGCCUGUAUGAAUUUCAUCUAUAUGUUCAUUAUUCUGGCACAUUAUUUCUAGACCCUAGAAAUCACAGGAGGUGCUCUCUGAAUUCAAUUGUGCACUUAUAGUACCACCCCAAAGCUUAUGAUCUAUAUUUGAAAUGAGACUUGAGCAUCAACAACAUCAAAGUGAUGGCCAUGAUACUUGUCCCAAAAUCACACUUUUAGAACUAUGUUGUAACUGUGAUGCUUUCAGAGACUCAAUAAUUGAAACUUAGGAUUUAAAGCACUGUGGGAGGAAUAUAUGGACCCUUUAGACUUGUUUCUAAUAAGGUUAUAUGCCAUUAUGAUCAGCUGAUAAGAUAUGCUAGUCUCUCUGAAACAUUACUAUAGGAGGAACUUACAAUUCUAUCAGUCUAUAAGUUUUAUACAGUUGAGUGCUCUUGAAUAUAUAUGUAUUAACUAGAAGCUGUGAAAGACACAAAGGUGAAUAAGGAAAAAAUGGAGUGGAUAUGGCUCAGGUCCCUUUCUCUCAUUCCUUUUCUUCCCCCUAAUUAUAGCUUCUUAGGGAUGUAGCUUCUAAGCUUUUACUUAAUUUGUAUUUGUAACAUGGCACUUUUCUUCUGGGUUUAACAUGGUCAUCUUGUAGUUAUUUUGAAGUAGAGAUUACUUUGGUCUAGUGGCCAUGACAAUUAUUUGAAUAGAACAAUGUAGAGGUAAGUUAGUUAGUAAUGAUGCUUUUGGAGCUAUUGAUACUCAAUAGUAGAAAGAAAUCUAGGGUCAUGGUACCUGUGACCUCAUCUUAUAUUCCAAUCAUUACUCUCUCCUGCCCCAACUUGCACAUGAUCUUGGGUGAUGAUAAAGCUAUAUAAGAAUAGAAGAGUUACUUGAAAAUGUGACUCCAUGAUUGUGUUUUCCUGAGGUCAUUAUCCAUGAUAGGAUGAAAUUUUGUGAUGGGACAUUUUAUUUAGGGUAACUCACUCUUUUAAGUAUCCCUUCAAUCAAUAAACUCAUUGGUUUGCUAAGUUGAA